AUGCCUCCCAGCUUCGUUCUCACCAUCUCCAGCCCGGAUCGCCCCGGGAUCGUGCACGCGGUCACCGCGUUCCUGGUCCAGCACAACCUCAAUAUCGUUGACUCAUCGCAAUUCGGCGACCCGAGCUCCCAGCGCUUUUUUAUGCGCGUGCAUGUCGUGCCCGCUUCCGAGGAUGCCAUCAUCGAGGUCGACCAGCUGCGCUCGACCUUUGAGGCCACAGCGCAGUCGUUUUCAAUGGACUUUGAUAUAUACCCGGCCUCGAAGAAGCCCCGGGUGCUGAUCAUGGUCUCCAAGAUCGGCCACUGUCUCAACGAUCUCCUCUUCCGCCAGUCCACCGGCCAACUAAACAUUGAGGUGCCGCUGAUUGUGUCGAACCACCCCGACUUUGCUGCCCUUGCUGCCACCUACAACAUUCCCUUCCAACACCUUCCCGUCACAGCCGACACCAAGCCGCAGCAGGAAGCCCGGAUUCUGGAAUUGGUCAAACAGUACAACGUUGAUCUUAUCGUGCUGGCGCGCUACAUGCAGGUCCUGUCGCCAACUUUGUGCCAGGCCAUGUCCGGCCGCAUCAUCAAUAUCCACCACAGCUUUCUGCCCUCUUUCAAGGGCGCCAAGCCCUACCAUCAGGCCUACGAUCGCGGUGUCAAGAUCAUCGGUGCCACGGCCCAUUUCGUGACCAGCGACCUGGAUGAAGGUCCCAUUAUCGAGCAGAAUGUGGUGCGGGUUAACCACGCCAUGAGUCCCAAGGAGCUGACGCACGCCGGAAGCAACGUGGAGAGCAACGUGUUGGCCACCGCGGUCAAGUACGUGACGGAGCACCGGGUGCUGCUCAAUGGACACAAGACCGUUGUGUUCAACUAG